CAAAUAAAUUAAUAAAAUAAUCAUAACAUACACAUUUUCAAACUUUAUGUGAUAAUUUUCAUAAUGAAAAACUGAUUCGGCCAACAUAAUUUUCAUGACUAAUAAUCUAUCUUACAUAUGAUUAUUUUCUCUAUUUAAUGUGACUCAUUUUCUAACAAAAAAACCCCUUGAAUGAUGUGCGUAUUGGGGGAAGGGGUGUGAAAACGGCCAUAACCUGGCAGCACAAGUCUUAUCCUUUCAUCCACCACACGCUGCUUCCCAUCUUGCUUUGGAGCCCCAAAGCACAAAGCAUGGCAACCCUUCAGCUAACAUCCUUCACUUUUUUCAGACAAAAGCACCCCAACACCACAACAACCAAGUUCUCCACUGAUUCUCAGCUCAACAUUCGUUCGCGUCCACUCAUUGUGAGGUCUUAUAAAGUGGUAAUUGAGCAUGAGGGGAAGGCCACUCAACUCGAAGUUGAACCUGAUGAGAGCAUUCUAUCAAAGGCAUUGGACGCUGGCUUGUCUGUGCCUCAUGACUGCAAGCUUGGAGUUUGCAUGACUUGCCCAGCUCGUCUUAUUGGUGGCUCUGUGGAUCAGAGUGAUGGAAUGCUGAGCGAUGAUGUGGUGGAAAGUGGUUAUGCACUCUUGUGUUCCGCUUACCCUCGAUCUGAUUGUCAUAUUAGGACUAUCCCGGAGGAUGAGUUACUAUCUUUGCAGUUAGCUACGGCCAAUGACUAGUUUAUUUUUCAGUUUUGAAUGUAAUUCCAUGCGAUGCUGGUUUUGGUCAACAGAAUUGAGGGAGUCUUUGCUUGUUUCUAGUAAUUGCUGAUGUCGCCCUGGUUUUAAAUAUUUAAAUAUAUACUUCAAUUGUGUAGCUUUUAUUGAUUUAUUGAUGCAUAAAAUAGAACAUUUGACUCAAAUUAGAACACGUAACAACUGCCCAACAAAUGUUGAUGUAAUGGAUUUAUCUACUUUAAUGAACUAAAUGAGGAUCCAUAGUUAUCAUCAUGCAAUUUUAUUUAAAUACAAAACAGAACCCUAUUCACAUAUUACAAGGGUGGAAUUUCCAAAAUCCAAAAUGGUAGAACUUCACAGUAGCCAAAUGACGAAAAUCCUACCCAGGCUAGCUUUACAUAACAGGAUCCAAAUUCGUUUUCAUGUGUAAAAAGCUCAUCAGUGAUAUGCAAGUUAUAACCAUCGGACAAUAGACAAUGCCAACUGAACAAGGUCAAAUACGGUUGGAUGACUUCUUGGGUCUUUGCUUAAUCUUCACAUUUACAUUGAUGCCAUUAUCAAUGAUGGACUGAAGAACAAUCUGAAGCUUCCCUUCCACCCUUUCUCCUUUCCUUGGAGUGUAAAUCAUGUCAUGAAUAUCAUCAGCCAAGGCUCUCUGAGCCAGAAUCGCCCCAACGGCAGCACAAGUGGCUUUGCUCUUGGUAGAAGCAAGAUCGAACUUGAUAUCCUUGGAAAUGGAAUGUGCCACAGCAACAACCUUGCUAGUUACCCUAUGAACAACGCAAGCACGAACAGAGGCUUUUGAUAUGUAGAUGUCCAAGCAAAAUGGUUUAUGAUAAGGACCUGUAAGCUGAUUAAAAGUGGGAGUCCUCUGCCUCUUGUUCACAGGAGAUACAUCAUUGAUUUCAUCUAGCCGGGGCAUAACACUUUUACUUCUUGUCAAGUUCUUAACUUUGGGAAGCUCGUGAUCUUGGGUAGUCACAUUUUGAGUUAUUUUAGCUUUGUUUGCCUCUUGUUUCUUCUUGGAAGAUUUCUUGCGGUGAAAUUCUAAAUUAUACUCUUCAAACUCCUUAGAGCUGCGCUCAAGCUUAUAGAACAGACUGCCACGAAUUCUCAUAUUGUCUAUGUCCUCAAAAUCCAGUUCACCCUCAACACGAUCAAGGGAUUCAUCAAUUUCUUGCGGAACAAAGGAACUAGCUCUCGAUGCAACCGAAUCUGGUCCACGCCAGGCUUGUGCCACCCCAGAUGAGACCCCCCAAACAUCAUGAUCCACAAGCUCGAUGUCAAAUCCAGUAUAGGGGUGAUUGAAGUCAGAGAAAAGAGGGGAAAGAUGAAGGCUGUUAGAAUGUUCAGAAGGUGGCACGGAUACAGAACUCACAGCUUCCUCAACGUCCUUGUUGGGAAUGGUGGUGAGGAACUUGAAGCAGAGAUUGAAUGUCCUGGAGAGAAAAUGUUGCCUGUAUAAGGAAGCACCCUUCCUUGCGAGCAUGGACACCAUGAUCAGAGUUUCGAAAAGAGAAUGCUCACAGAAGCAAAACACCAAACAGUUGGCGUGCACUCACUAGCAAAGUAGCUGACUGAACUUGAGAGACUGUGACGUCCUUCAUAAUAGGAGACCCGACUCUUUGGUUGAAUACCCAAUAAUACCCAAAAAAAAAUUAAAAAAUUGAACGAUUGAUUUAAAGCAACUUGAUAUCUAUUUGGUUGAAGUUUAAAUCUGGAAGACAAACACAAACAACGUUGGCCAGAAAUAGGAAGGGGUUGGGUACCUGCGAUUUCUCCUUCCCCAUUUCUUGGUGCAAAAAUACGUAUCUU